CUCAACAACAUACAAAAUCCUACACCAUCAUUUGCAUUCCUUUCCAAAACCAUCAUUCACCAAAACUAAAACCAUGUUGAUGAAGCAAUCUCUCUUGUGCUUCUUACUUGCACUGAUAGUUCCCUUCAUGUGUUCCACCACAACAGUAGCACAAUUAGCACCAGUUGGUGCACCUGUACAACCAGCAAAACCUACUCCAACCCCACCAGCAGCAUCUCCAAAACCAUUGGUACCCUCAUUACCACAAUCACCAAGUCCAAGUGAUGCCACUUCCGACACUCCAGCAGUUGACAUUGUUGGAAUCUUGAGAAAAGCAAAGUCAUUCAACAUCCUAAUCCGCCUCAUGAAAACCACCCAAUUGAUCAACCAACUCAAUGCACAGCUUCUCACUACUAAAUCAGGUGGCUUAACCAUUCUUGCACCUGAUGACAGUGCCUUCUCUGAACUCAAAGCAGGCUUCCUCAACACUCUCUCUGAUGGACAAAAGCUUGAACUCUUGCAGUUCCACGUUCUUCCAGACUAUGUCUCCAGCUCUAACUUUGAUACUCUCACCAACCCUGUGAAAACACUUGCAGGUGCUAAACCUGGAAAGGUGGAACUGAAUGUGGUGAGCUACGGAGGGAGUGUGAACAUCUCAACUGGUGAGGUUAACACCACCAUCAAUGGCAUUAUAUAUACUGAUAAGCAUCUUGCUAUCUAUAAAGUGGGUAAGGUGCUUCUUCCUAUGGACUUCUUUGCUGUUGCUAAGGCACCUGCAAAGGCACCUUCUUUGGCUCCAGAACCAUCUGCAAAUGCGCCAAAAGCUGAUAAGGGGAAGCCAUUAUCCCCAGAUUCUUCAGAGUCAUCUCAGAUUAAUUCCACAAACGAGAACUCUGGCACUAUGAAAAUCACUGUUCAUGGAAAGUGGGUGUCCCUUGUUCUUGGAGCUUUAUGGUGACUGUGUUGUCAUCAUGAACAAGUAUAUGAUUUGAAUUUACCAGCGCCCUAGAUAAUAGCUCUCGUGCUUUAAGAGUAUUAUGAUUGUGAUCUGCAGGAAGGAGUGAAUGUUUUAGUGGUGAAUUAUCAGUGUGGAUUAGGGGACCUGAGAUUGUUGUAUUCCUCUACGGAUUUUUUUAUUCUAAAUAUAAGUGUUAUGCUAUGGUUGUUUGACUUGAUUCAAUA